AUGCUCGGCUUUACUCUCCUGCUCCUCGCGGGAGCACAAUCUGUCUUUGCUAAGUGCAAAUGUACACCCACAGACCCAUGUUGGCCCUCCCUCUCAGCAUGGAGUGCCCUCAACACCUCUGUCGAUGGAAAACUCAUUCACACACAGCCCAUCGCUGAGCCAUGUUAUCCAGGCGCAGAUUACAGCAACCAGCUGUGUCAGUAUAUCAGCGAUGAAUGGAACAAUUCAUCAUUCAUAGAGCUCAAUCCAGCGGGGUACUGCUAUCCACGGGUCGAGACCUGUCCCCCAGUCAAUAUCACGGCAGGAAAUCAUACACAAUGCACCCUUGGUACUGCACCGGUAUACACCAUCAACGCCACAGAAGCGGAGGAUGUUGCUGCGGGAAUCAAAUUCGCGCAAGACAAUAACGUUCGGCUCGUUAUUAAGAAUACUGGACAUGACAUUGUUGGGAGAUCACAAGGAUAUGGAGCUUUGAUGGUAUGGAUUAAGUAUAUCCAGUCCGGAGUUACUUUCCAGGAAACCUAUGCACCUUCGAAUGGAUGUCAGUCAAACUGGACUGGAAGUGCGUUCACCGUGGGCGGAGGAUAUAUCUGGGACGAUUUGUACACUACAGCAGCCAGUCACGACCGUAUUGUUGUUGGUGGUGACGAUCCAACAGUCGGAGUCAUAGGUGGCUAUCUCCAAGGUGGAGGCCACUCUCCUUCCGGCCACUACUUUGGACUUGCAACAGAUCAAGUCCUCGAAUUGACCGUCGUCCUUGCGUCAGGCGAAACUGUCACGGCCAACGCCUGCCAAAACACAGACCUCUUCACUGCUCUUCGCGGGGGAGGUGGUGGUACAUACGGCGUGGUGAUAUCUGCCACGAUCAAAGCGCACCCAGCUCAUCAAUUCAUUGGACAUCGUUUAUAUGUGAUCCCACAAACUGCCAACCUGUCCACCCUACUCAACAUCUCGGCCAACAUCGUCUCCAAAUACUCCAUUCUCUCCGACGCAGGCUUCUCUGGCUACGCCGAAAUCCUCCCCAGCUCAGAGCUCUCCCUCUCCAUUCCCGCUGGGGCAAUAUACAUGCACAGCUUCGGAGUGAUGAUUCCAAGCAGCAACGCCUCCGCUACCAUCCAACAUGCGAAAUCUGUCCUGAACUCGGAGAUCCUCGCCGAUCUCCUCCCCUACAACGGCAGUGAUUUUCUAAUCGAAUCAACCUGGUACAACUUCCCCUCCUUUGAGUCUUACUACGACACCAUCGCCGGCGGAAGCUCCGCGGAGCCCACCGGAGUCAGUGACUUGCUCCUUAGCUCCCGGAUGUUCGACAAGCCCUCUCUACUCAACAAUGCCGACAACCUGGAAGGAAUGCUCCACACCAUCUUCUCCAAGUAUGACGGCGGCCCGCUCAAUGCAACCGAUAUCGUCAUCUAUCUAUGUCUCAUCGGCGGAGGCCAAGUCCUCCACCCCACACCCUAUACCUCCGUCAACCCCGCUUGGAGAAAGACCUAUCUCCUCACGGAAAUCAUCGUCGGGUGGCCCGAGGACGCGAGUGCCCAGACGGUCAACCACACCAUUAACGACUUGACCUUCCGAAAGUCCAAUGCGAUGAAGGCGCUGACUCCAGGGAUGGGAAGUUACGUGAAUGAAGCGGACGGGUACGACCCGUCGUGGAAGGAAGACUUCUUUGGUCCGAAUUACGAUUGGCUUCUGUCAGUCAAGAGGAAGUAUGACCCCGAUGACGUGUUUUACUGUUGGAGGUGUGUUGGGAGUGAGAGCUGGGCGGAGGUGACUGGCGGGAGGGGAUAUGGGCCGCUGUGUCAGACCUCGUGAUGAAAUUCGCGAUUCAAGGAG